UUUCGGCUCGUAGAAAUUCUUGAUAACUUUUUACUCCUACGUUUUAUAUUCCUCUCAACAAGACAAAAAGACAUUCACUACAAGAUUGUAGAGGCUUUCAAUCUUGGUUUCCUACACUCUUUGUUUCCCUACACCAUCUUGUGAAGCAUAACAGAAAAAACCAUGGCUGGAGAAGCACUUCUCGGCGCUGCAUUUGGAGUGCUGCUCGACCGUUUGACUUCCAAGGACUUCAUCAACUUCUUCCGGGGUCGAAAGCAUGACGAAAGGCUCCUCAAGAAGCUGAAGCUGAAGUUGCUUGGACUUAAUAAGGUGCUCAAUGAUGCAGAGGACAAGCAGAUCACUCAUCCAGCUGUGAAAGAAUGGCUCGACGAGCUGAAAGGUGCCAUUUACGACGCCGAAGACUUGGUGGAUGAGAUUACUACUGAGGCUUUGCGGUGCAAGGGGGAAGCCGAGUACCAAAGCGGCUCGAACCAGGUCCAAUCUCGGAUCUCGUCCUUCACUAAAUUAUUUGACGAUGAGAUAGAGUCCAAGUUAGAGAAGAUGAUUGAUACGUUAGAAGAUUUUUCGAAAGAAAAAGACGUACUUGGUUUGAGAGAAGUUGCUGGACGGAACUGGUCCCAAACCAGGUUGCCAACAAUUUCUUUGGUGGAUGAAUCUUGUGUUUAUGGACGGGAGAAUGACAAAGAAGAGAUAAUGAAAUUGUUGUUGUCUGAUGGAGAAAGUAGUGAUAAGGUAGAUGUGAUUCCAAUAGUUGGGAUGGGUGGGGUGGGCAAGACCACCCUUGCUCAACUUUUGUAUAACGAUGGCAGAUUGGAUGGGCACUUUGUUAAGAAAGCAUGGGUAUGUGUCUCUGAUGUAUUUGAUGUUUCAAGGGUCACAAUAGCAAUUGUUGAGGCAGUCACUGAGAAGGCUUGUGAUACAAAGGACCCAAACUUGCUUGCGGUCAAGCUGAAGGAAUCAUUGAGUGGAAAAAAGUUUCUUAUUGUCUUGGAUGAUGUUUGGAACGAGAACUAUGACAAUUGGAUAGCCUUGAUGACUCCUUUCAAAUUUGGAGCACACGGGAGUAAGAUUAUUGUUACAACGCGCAAUGAGAGUGUUGCAACUAUCAUGCAAACAGUUCCUAUUCAUGGUUUGAAGAAAUUACCAGAGGAAGAUUGUUGGAAAUUGUUUUCCAAACAUGCAUUUGAGAAGGGAGAUUGCAAUGAACAUCCUAACCUUGAAAGGAUUGGUAGGAAGAUAGUGGGAAAAUGUAAAGGUUUGCCUUUAGCUGCAAAAACAUUGGGUGGUCUUUUGCGCUCCCAACGAGAUGUUAAAGAUUGGAACAACAUACUGGACAGCGCCAUAUGGGAAUUAUCGGAGGAGAAGAGCAACAUCCUUCCAGCCUUAAGAUUGAGCUAUCAUUAUCUCCCCUCCCAUUUGAAAAGAUGUUUUGCUUUCUGUUCCGCAUUUAUUAAGGAUUAUGAAUUCAACAUGCAGGAAUUAGUCUCAAUUUGGAUGGCGGAAGGGUUUUUGGUGAAACCCAAGAAUAACAUGACAGUGGAAGAAGAAGGCUAUGAGUGCUUUCGCGAAUUACUUUCAAGGUCAUUUUUUCAAAGAUCUAAUGCUGAUAAUUCUUUGUUUGUCAUGCAUGAUCUUGUUCAUGAUUUAGCUCAACAUGUGAUGGGAGAUUUCUGUUAUAGGCUAGAGGAUGACAAGCCAUGCGGUACAUCUGAGAAUGUACGCCAUUUCUCGUAUGUUCGACGUAACUUUGAUGGCGUUGAUAACUUAAGGUUAAUUAAGGAUGCUAAGUGUUUGAGGACUUUCCUAACAUAGAC